UGGAAAUAAGUAGGACAUAGAUUCUAUCAACAGAAUUUUUGUUCUUGUUUGUUUCUUCGAGGAGUCCGACGAAUGUUUCGGUGGUAGCGGGAAAAAUACGAGCUUAGUUCAAGAAAUUCAAGAAACAUCAAAAUGCCGUAUUUUCAACGGUUGUUUCUCCAAAACAUUUAUAAACUUUGGAAGCAAAUGUAAAAAAGCWAGGUUUAAAAAUUACAUAUGAGAUAGUACGCUUUUGUAGUAAGAAAUAAGCAGCGAGCACCCCGUUUUGCAAUAAUCAAGUAAAUUUCGCCAUGGUUCUCGAUUUUGGACUUACCAAGAGCAGCAGCGUUGCCCACAGCAUCUCUUCUACUAAACUCAGGAGUCUCAAGAGCAAAAAAAAGAGAGAAAAGAAAAGACAGGCAUCUUCAAGCGAUUACUGUGGUUCGUCAUCAUCCUCAUCCGACGAAGACGAAGGAUAUUCCUCUUCCAGUAGCUGCGACGAGGAAGAUAUCCUUAUUUACGAAAAGAACGUGCAAAGAAGUAGAAGAGGCAAGGUUAAAAAAAACAGCAGCGAAAGCGAUAGAAGCAGCAAAAGACAUCAUUUGGAUCCUUCGCUUGUUGAGAGAAUGAGUAGCUUCAACAUUGAUGAGCAAGGGUCGGCCUCGAUGGCACUUGCAUCGAUGUUAAACCUUGAAUAUUGCGAAGACGAGAUCGCAAACGACCAUAACUUAAAUGUGAAACUAGCUGCUGAUUUGGAAGCCGAAUUGGUMCAAAAACAGCAACACGCAACUGUUAACGACGCCGAAGGAUACGAGAAUUAUGAUGACGAAGAAGAAGACMUAGAAUCGAGCGACUUUUUGGAUGCCCUCGACGAAGUCCACACCCGCUUUUUGCUGAACGUCCCUCCCGAAGAAUUAUCUUCGUCCGAGCGAAUUUUUUUUCAAUUGGAACAGGCAUGGUGGUAUUACGAAGAUCUAAUUUGCGACAAGCUGGAAGAAGACGAAGGUCAAUGCCUCUURCCCCGACAUUCCAACCUCAAGGAUUUUGCUGAGCGCCUCUUUGACUUUAGUCCGCUCCUUGGAGGUCUUGACUUUGACAAACUUUGGAAUGAAUUCACCAUUUAUAAGCGCAAAAUUUCAACUUACGGCUGCAUUUUGCUCAACGAGGACUGCACCCACGUUGUAAUGUGCAAGGUAUACGAGAGCAACGUAUGGACCUUUCCUGCCGGAAAGAUAAACGAAAACGAGAUUGGAAUUGAAGCGGCCGCCAGAGAAACCUACGAGGAGACGGGCUUUGAUCCACACUGUAACUAUGGUCUGACAGGCCAAUGGAACUCUCGAGAGGAAGAUCGGGAAAAGCAUAUCACCUGGAUGCAUCCACUACAAGAUCCGGACAACAUGCUGACAUAUGUAGAGCAGAAGAGUGGGAAACGGCGGACGUUUUGUGAGUAAUGAUUGAUAUUCAUGGGAAUGAAGACGAACUGUAAAUCCCGAAAUUUGUAGGAAUAUGCAUCAAUAAUAUCGAACUCUUGGUUGUCGAUCCAUUGAUCUUUCUCUCGUAUUACUUUUUGCUCACUGUAUAGAUUCCCCUGUCUUUCUAUUUUCUUUUCUGAACCCCUUGCUUACAUUCCUUGCUAGAUGUGUGUUGCGGGGUUCCCGAGGAUUAUCCCUUYCAACCAGUCUGCAGGAAGGAAGUCGACAAAAUAGAGUGGGUGGAUCUUCGGGACAUCAGAGAGUAUGAAACAUUUGCUGUAUUGCCUUUUGUUGGAAAGCUGAAGAAAUGGAUAAAGCGCAAAAAUAAGAGCGGCAAAAACAACAAGAAAGUUAAGAAGAUCAAAAAGAAAAAGGAACGAAAAGCAAACAAAUCGAGAACCAAAUCUCGUCCCAAAUCUAGGGAGAAGUCCUCCACCAGAGAUAAGCAGUCUUCCUCUAGACAACGGUCGAGUCGGAAAAAAGACAGGGAACAGCUCGUGGAUGCCGGGCUGAUAGCGUCGAUGGGCGAUUCGGCGCGUUGGACCGAGAGGGAAAUGUUCGAGGCGAAUUCCAAGCUCCAGGGUGGCCGAGUUGUGGAAUAUGAUGGGAAUCCCCAUUUGUUCGUCGAAAAGGGCUUUGGUAUCGACGACAGUGCCACAGGCCAAAAACGAGUAGAUCCGCAUUCCUUCCGAGUCGUGGGGGGGUCAUUUAUGAACUCCAAGCACGGCGAUAAACUCGCCGAGGUGAACGAUGCCGGUGCGAACUAUCAGCCACUUGUUCGCAACAGCAACGAAGACAGUGGACUCCAGCCCUUUUUCAGCGAGCACGGUGCCACGCCUUGGGGAGAAGUUGUGGACGAAGCGAAAUCGGAGGACGAUGAGGGCAGUGACAGCACUAGAUUUUCUGGUAGCGACGGCCCAGCAGGAAUUGAAAAUAGCAACCGCCGAGCGAGUCAGGAUCUACUAACCAUGUUACAGAAGGGAGCACCUGACAAGUCGAAGAAAUCAAGAAAGUCGAAAAAAUCGAAGCAUCAAAACCAGCAUCAGCAACCGAUAUCUGGGGACUACGAUUACGAUAAUAGCAAUCAUGACGACGAACUAAUGAUAUUUGCCACCGACAAGGAGAUCACCGCCAAGCGUCAGCGCGAUCACGAGCUAAAGAAGGGAAAAGGAAAUGAAUAUUCGUCGUCGCUGGUAUCGCCAUUGAGGUCUUCUUCUAUCAACACUGCUACUCGCGACGAUGCGCGACGGCAACGUCUCCUUGCUCAGUACGAGGAAGACAUGAAGUUUGUUCACAAGUGGGUUGCCAACAGCCUCCCAAAUCCAAUCAAUUUUAAGAUUCGCAACGUUGAUGGUAUAAUUGACCAGCACUGCGGGGGGCCAGGGACGAAAACAAAACGAGGGAGCAUAAAAAAUUGAGGAAUCCAACAGCUGCCUCGUUGAAUCCAUUGUGCACGCAAUUUUAUAUAGAAAAGAACCGUCGAAUAACGAUAGAACUUAACA